AUGGCAUCCACACCUACCCAUUGGAAACUCAUCCGCGUGCGAGCAGAGACAAUUGAUCUUCAACGACUUGUGGAAGAGUCCAACUCAAGAAUCUGCAUUGUUCAGGAAUGUGAUGACAAUGGCAAAGCUUUCGAAGUGGCUGUCGAACCAUCUUACCUGGCAGAGGUCCAGGAGCUUCAAUCGCACGCAAAUCUUCCUUACAAUCCUACACACCCGAGAGAGGCUGAGAAAGCCAUUCUUGGUAUCUAUCAAGCGAACAGGAAAGCUCGCGAGCGCUGGCUCCAACGGGCUGUCGAUGUAAUCUCCUCCGAGCAUCACCACGAAAUCAAGGAAGCUUAUCGCAAUCUUACUCAGCUCCUAGGGUUGCAGAGAGAACUGGACAGAAAGAUACUAAUCCAGAAUAUAUCGGACUCUCUGGCUUCCGUCCGCCGAAAAUUGGCAAGAAAUCUUGUAUUCUUGUUUCUGAAUCUAGAAGCAGACCAUACGUCUGCAGAUGCCCAAAUUUUCCUCGCGAGCAACGAGGAGGAGCUAAUUGACAGUCUCAAGUUUGGACUAAAACCUCCAACACCUUUCAAUCGUGACGAAUGCCAGAUAACAUCACUUUUCCGGGCUCUGUUAGAGCUAUCCAGUGGGAGAGUCGACUUCUACCAACAUAAUUUCGCAGAAAACUACACAGCAAAGCAAAACAGUGAGCUCUGCGCUAGGAUUUUUGACAUCAGCGACAUCAAAACAUUCGGAGAAUUUGAUGUACGAGAGAUUUCCAAUUCACUCUCGAAGUCUCCUCUUUUCGUUGGGGAGACACUGAGUGCCGAAGGACUGGGACAAUGGGCAGCGAUAAUGAAUAGUUCCCUCCAAGUCGGAUUUCCCUCAGGACACUUGAAUCUUCCGUCACAAAUAUUGAGCGGAUUUGGUGUUGGUCAGAUCAAAAUGUUCGAAACUAUCCUGAUAGAUACAUAUCAAAAUCUUCCACCACUGAACAAGCCAGCAAAUAACACUCUCCUUCUUUUGACCUGGAGCACUUCCGUCUCUCAGUGGAGUGAACAUGGUCCCAAUGGUCCACUCAAAGUUCUCGCGAACUGGGCAAAGUCAGAAGAAGGCUGGAAUCUAUAUGUGCGAGUGGCUGAAGAAUUCCAAGGCCAUCAAACCGUAGAGCAACUCACUUUGACUAUGUCUGCACUAUUGAGCUAUCGAAGACUUUAUCCUGAUUUUCUGGAUUACUCCGAGCAACCAAUCACAGCUAACUAUAUAGCUGACCUCGACGCACUUUUACAUGGGACGUCGAUCGGAAACAGCGGAAAAGUCGCUGAACGACUGUUGUUUGCUUUGGCAAGGCAACUUCAAUCCAUGGGAGAAGAUUUUGGUGAUAUCCGACAGUUCCUCGAGACAAUCCUUGAUCGGGAGCCGCCUCAGCGGCAUUUCUUUGACGCACUAUCGGAUGAAUACGUGCAAUUAAGAAUGAGCGGUCGAUCUCACGAGACUACGAUGAUAGAAUUGACGCAUGGCACAUCGGCGGAACUGAGAUGA